AUGGCCAUGGAGGUCCGCCGCAGGGUCCCGCCGCCGCACGGGGGGGCGGCCCCCGCGGGGCACCAUCCGCGGCGCCGGGCGGCGGCCGGGGGCGAGGGGGAGCGGGAGCGGGUGCGGGUGCAGGCCGGGGACGCGCUGCCGCUCCCGAUCCGGCACACCAACCUCAUCUUCUCGGCGCUCUUCGCGGCCUCGCUCGUGUACCUGAUGCGGCGGUGGCGGGAGAAGAUCCGCGCGUCCACGCCGCUCCACGUCGUCUCCCUCGCCGAGAUCUUCGCCAUCUGCGGCCUCGUCGCCUCGCUCAUCUACCUCCUCAGCUUCUUCGGCAUCGCCUUCGUGCAGUCCGUCGUCUCCAACAGCGACGACGAGGAGGACUACCUCAUCGACUCCCACCGCGCGCAGGCGCCGGCGCCGCCCGCACCGGCCCCGUGCGCGCUGCUGGGGAACCCCGCCGCCGCGCCGGAGAAAAUGCCGGAGGAGGACGAGGAGAUCGUGGCCGCAGUCGUGGCCGGGAAGAUCCCGUCCUACGUGCUGGAGACCAGGCUGGGGGACUGCCGCCGGGCCGCCGGGAUCCGGCGGGAGGCGCUGCGGCGGAUCACGGGGAGGGAGAUGGAUGGCCUCCCGCUCGACGGGUUCGACUACGCGUCCAUCCUCGGCCAGUGCUGCGAGCUGCCCGUGGGCUACGUGCAGCUGCCCGUGGGCGUCGCUGGCCCGCUCCUGCUCGACAGUCGCCGGCACUACGUGCCAAUGGCGACCACCGAGGGCUGCCUCGUCGCUAGCACCAACCGAGGGUUCAAGGCCAUUGCCGAGUCCGGCGGCGCCUCCAGCGUCGUGCUCAAGGACGGGAUGACGCGAGCACCGGCCGUCCGGUUCCCGUCUGCCCGCCGCGCCGCUGAGCUCAAGGGCUUCUUGGAGAAUCCCGCCAACUUUGACACCCUGGCUACAGUGUUUAACAGGUCGAGCAGAUUUGGUAGACUGCAGGGAGUGAAGUGCGCGAUGGCAGGGAGGAACCUUUACAUGAGGUUCACCUGCAGCACAGGGGAUGCCAUGGGGAUGAACAUGGUCUCCAAAGGCGUCCAGAACGUGCUGGACUACCUCCAGGAUGACUUCCCUGAUAUGGAUGUUAUCAGCAUAUCAGGUAACUUCUGUUCUGACAAGAAGUCAGCUGCUAUAAACUGGAUUGAAGGGCGUGGAAAGUCUGUGGUUUGUGAGGCAGUAAUCAAGGAAGAAGUUGUGAAAAAGGUUCUCAAGACUAACGUUCAGGCACUAGUAGAAUUGAACGUGAUCAAGAACCUUGCUGGCUCAGCUGUUGCUGGAGCUCUUGGGGGUUUCAAUGCCCAUGCAAGCAACAUUGUGACAGCCAUCUUCAUUGCAACUGGUCAGGACCCUGCACAGAAUGUGGAGAGUUCCCAGUGCAUGACAAUGUUGGAAGCUAUAAAUGAUGGCAAAGAUCUCCACAUCUCCGUUACCAUGCCGUCUAUCGAGGUUGGCACGGUUGGGGGCGGCACGCAGCUGGCCUCACAGUCUGCCUGCUUGGACCUACUCGGCGUCAAAGGCGCGAACAGGGAAUCCCCGGGGUCGAACGCGAGGCUCCUGGCCACGGUGGUUGCUGGUGCGGUCCUCGCUGGGGAGCUGUCCCUCAUCUCUGCUCAGGCCGCUGGCCAUCUGGUCCAGAGCCACAUGAAAUACAACAGAUCCAGCAGAGACAUGUCCAAGGCUGCAGAGGAAGCAGACAGACCCAAAAAAUGCUGAAUACUGCCUAGUUGUUUUAUACCCCUUGGGAAUACGGAAGAGAAAGGGUUUCGUAGGUUGAUUCCUCGUGGCAUGCGCUGGCCUGCAGGAGGGUUAAAGGAAGAAAAGCCCUUCAGGUAAAAGAGAAGAUUCAGUCGACUUGUCAUAUAUUUACCAGGCCGUGAAAGUCAAACACCUCAUGGAUCCUGGGGUAUGACGUAUUUGAUUAUUCGUUGAUGUUGUAGCUGUUCCUCACCUGUCGUUGACAGUUGAUCCCUCCCCCCACCCCCCACCCCUCUCGUUCUAAGCAUCUUGUUUCGUCCGGUCCCCUGCGAGUCUGCGACUUUGGAGAAUCUGACCUCUGGCCAAGGGGUUUGUCGUGGAACCAUCACAGCAUCGCGGCCACUGGAUGCUUCCUCCGCUUUGGCGAGGAGAAAUUCGCGUCGGCAGGUGCCUGAUGCCUUUGUAUUUUCAGCUCUGUAAAUUUAAUUUUAUUCUUUUUUUUUUUUAUUUUUGAACCGUAGAGCCGUCGUCGGUGAAGUCGGUGAUGUGGGUUGUAAAGAAAAGAUGUGGUCCGGAACAGUUUUAUAUCCUGUUGUCUCUCUCUCUAGAUCGUGCUCAUCUCAAUUGUAUGCUCCAGUUGCCUGCCUGUCCACGGAUCAGGCUUUCUCAAUAAUAAAGCUGACACUCUUUGGCAAAGCGCCAAAGGCUGAUCCCGUUAACCAA